AUGGGCCCUGUUCCAAUUCUAUAUCCUCCCUCCGUUCCUUACUCCCUUCACCUCAAUGGGCCUGUUCCAAUUCUAUAUCCUCCCUCCGUUCCUUACUCCCUUCACCUCAAUGGGCCCUGUUCCAAUUCUAUAUCCUCCCUCCGUUCCUUACUCCCUUCACCUCAAUGGGCCCUGUUCCAAUUCUAUAUCCUCCCUCCGUUCCUUACUCCCUUCACCUCAAUGGGCCCUGUUCCAAUUCUAUAUCCUCCCUCCGUUCCUUACUCCCUUCACCUCAAUGGGCCCUGUUCCAAUUCUAUAUCCUCCCUCCGUUCCUUACUCCCUUCACCUCAAUGGGCCCUGUUCCAAUUCUAUAUCCUCCCUCCGUUCCUUACUCCCUUCACCUCAAUGGGCCAUGUUCCAAUUCUAUAUCCUCCCUCCGUUCCUUACUCCCUUCACCUCAAUGGGCCCUGUUCCAAUUCUAUUAUCCUCCCUCGGUUCCUUACUCCCUUCACCUCAAUGGGCCCUGUUCCAAUUCUAUUAUCCUCCCUCCGUUCCUUACUCCCUUCACCUCAAUGGGCCCUGUUCCAAUUCUAUAUCCUCCCUCCGUUCCUUACUCUAUAUCCUCCCUCCGUUCCUUACUCCCUUCACCUCAAUGGGCCCUGUUCCAAUUCUAUUAUCCUCCCUCCGUUCCUUACUCCCUUCUCCUCAAUGGGCCCUGUUCCAAUUCUAUAUCCUCCCUCCGUUCCUUACUCCCUUCACCUCAAUGGGCCCUGUUCCAAUUCUAUAUCCUCCCUCCGUUCCUUACUCCCUUCACCUCAAUGGGCCCUGUUCCAAUUCUAUAUCCUCCCUCCGUUCCUUACUCCCUUCACCUCAAUGGGCCCUGUUCCAAUUCUAUAUCCUCCCUCCGUUCCUUACUCCCUUCACCUCAAUGGGCCCUGUUCCAAUUCUAUAUCCUCCCUCCGUUCCUUACUCCCUUCACCUCAAUGGGCCCUGUUCCAAUUCUAUAUCCUCCCUCCGUUCCUUACUCCCUUCACCUCAAUGGGCCCUGUUCCAAUUCUAUAUCCUCCCUCCGUUCCUUACUCCCUUCACCUCAAUGGGCCCUGUUCCAAUUCUAUAUCCUCCCUCCGUUCCUUACUCCCUUCACCUCAAUGGGCCCUGUUCCAAUUCUAUAUCCUCCCUCCGUUCCUUACUCCCUUCACCUCAAUGGGCCCUGUUCCAAUUCUAUAUCCUCCCUCCGUUCCUUACUCCCUUCACCUCAAUGGGCCCUGUUCCAAUUCUAUAUCCUCCCUCCGUUCCUUACUCCCUUCACCUCAAUGGGCCCUGUUCCAAUUCUAUAUCCUCCCUCCGUUCCUUACUCCCUUCACCUCAAUGGGCCUGUUCCAAUUCUAUAUCCUCCCUCCGUUCCUUACUCCCUUCACCUCAAUGGGCCCUGUUCCAAUUCUAUAUCCUCCCUCCGUUCCUUACUCCCUUCACCUCAAUGGGCCCUGUUCCAAUUCUAUAUCCUCCCUCCGUUCCUUACUCCCUUCACCUCAAUGGGCCCUGUUCCAAUUCUAUAUCCUCCCUCCGUUCCUUACUCCCUUCACCUCAAUGGGCCCUGUUCCAAUUCUAUAUCCUCCCUCCGUUCCUUACUCCCUUCACCUCAAUGGGCCCUGUUCCAAUUCUAUAUCGUCCCUCCGUUCCUUACUCCCUUCACCUCAAUGGGCCCUGUUCCAAUUCUAUAUCCUCCCUCCGUUCCUUACUCCCUUCACCUCAAUGGGCCCUGUUCCAAUUCUAUAUCGUCCCUCCGUUCCUUACUCCCUUCACCUCAAUGGGCCCUGUUCCAAUUCUAUAUCCUCCCUCCGUUCCUUACUCCCUUCACCUCAAUGGGCCCUGUUCCAAUUCUAUAUCCUCCCUCCGUUCCUUACUCCCUUCACCUCAAUGGGCCCUGUUCCAAUUCUAUAUCCUCCCUCCGUUCCUUACUCCCUUCACCUCAAUGGGCCCUGUUCCAAUUCUAUAUCCUCCCUCCGUUCCUUACUCCCUUCACCUCAAUGGGCCCUGUUCCAAUUCUAUAUCCUCCCUCCGUUCCUUACUCCCUUCACCUCAAUGGGCCUGUUCCAAUUCUAUAUCGUCCCUCCGUUCCUUACUCCCUUCACCUCAAUGGGCCCUGUUCCAAUUCUAUAUCCUCCCUCCUUUCCUUACUCCCUUCACCUCAAUGGGCCCUGUUCCAAUUCUAUAUCCUCCCUCCGUUCCUUACUCCCUUCACCUCAAUGGGCCCUGUUCCAAUUCUAUAUCCUCCCUCCGUUCCUUACUCCCUUCACCUCAAUGGGCCCUGUUCCAAUUCUAUAUCCUCCCUCCUUUCCUUACUCCCUUCACCUCAAUGGGCCCUGUUCCAAUUCUAUAUCCUCCCUCCGUUCCUUACUCCCUUCUCCUCAAUGGGCCCUGUUCCAAUUCUAUAUCCUCCCUCCGUUCCUUACUCCCUUCACCUUAAAGCACUUUCAUGACUAAGUGUAAUAAUGUCAUUCUAAUGCCAUCUAAAUGUAAUUAGUCCAGAGGUCUUUCUCUGAAUGUGUAUUUUCCUUUUGAAACAAAUCAGAUUGUGAAUCCAGUGCCUCUCUGUGUGUUCUGCAACACCAGUUCCACCAUAACUCCUAUUGUCUGGUCAUAAUGCUUUUAAUUCACAGUGAUAUUAAGUUAGAAUGUUUUAAUGUUCUGGUGUUAAUAAUAAUGAUGUUUAGAAUGUUUUAAUGUUCUGGUGUUGGGUUAAUAAUGAUGUUUAGAAUGUUUUAAUGUUCUGGUGUUGGGUUAAUAAUGAUGUUUAGAAUGUUUUAAUGUUCUGGUGUUGGGUUAAUAAUGAUGUUUAGAAUGUUUUAAUGUUCUGGUGUUGGGUUAAUAAUGAUGUUUAGAAUGUUUUAAUGUUCUGGUGUUAAUAAUGAUGUUUAGAAUGUUUUAAUGUUCUGGUGUUGGGUUAAUAAUGAUGUUUAGAAUGUUUUAAUGUUCUGGUGUUGGGUUAAUAAUAAUGUUUAGAAUGUUUUAAUGUUCUGGUGUUGGGUUAAUAAUGAUGUUUAGAAUGUUUUAAUGUUCUGGUGUUGGGUUAAUAAUGAUGUUUAGAAUGUUUUAAUGUUCUGGUGUUGGGUUAAUAAUGAUCUUUAGAAUGUUUUAAUGUUCUGGUGUUGGGUUAAUAAUGAUGUUUAGAAUGUUUUAAUGUUCUGGUGUUAAUAAUGAUGUUUAGAAUGUUUUAAUGUUCUGGUGUUGGGUUAAUAAUGAUGUUUAGAAUGUUUUAAUGUUCUGGUGUUGGGUUAAUAAUGAUGUUUAGAAUGUUUUAAUGUUCUGGUGUUGGGUUAAUAAUGAUGUUUAGAAUGUUUUAAUGUUCUGGUGUUGGGUUAAUAAUGAUGUUUAGAAUGUUUUAAUGUUCUGGUGUUGGGUUAAUAAUGAUGUUUAGAAUGUUUUAAUGUUCUGGUGUUAAUAAUGAUGUUUAGAAUGUUUUAAUGUUCUGGUGUUGGGUUAAUAAUGAUGUUUAGAAUGUUUUAAUGUUCUGGUGUUGGGUUAAUAAUGAUGUUUAGAAUGUUUUAAUGUUCUGGUGUUAAUAAUGAUGAUGUUUAGAAUGUUUUAAUGUUCUGGUGUUGGGUUAAUAAUGAUGUUUAGAAUGUUUUAAUGUUCUGGUGUUGGGUUAAUAAUGAUGUUUAGAAUGUUUUAAUGUUCUGGUGUUAAUAAUGAUGUUUAGAAUGUUUUAAUGUUCUGGUGUUGGGUUAAUAAUGAUCAUGUUUAGAAUGUUUUAAUGUUCUGGUGUUGGGUUAAUAAUGAUGUUUAGAAUGUUUUAAUGUUCUGGUGUUGGGUUAAUAAUGAUGUUUAGAAUGUUCUGAAAGAAUUUGAUCCCUCAUGAUCACAUGUUAUGUUAAUGAGAUGUUAAGGUGGUGUUUCUGAUAUGGUAAAUAUAUGUUCAUUUACACGGGGA